AUGUUUCUUGAGAGCAUCUCUGAUCGUGUUGGGUUUGAAGUGGUGAGUGCGAAGGGGCUUGUGUUUUCAUCUGGGAUCUUCCUGGCUUCGAUCGCCAUUUACGUCCUGGGAUGUGGCAUAUAUAACAUAUUCUUUCACCCACUCCGUCACAUUCCUGGGCCUCUACUCGCGCGGGCCGGCCCCCUGCCAUACGUGCUCAGGGCGCGCAAUGGCCGACUGGUCGAAUGGACCACGCAGCUGCACGAAAAGUAUGGAGAUGUGGUUCGCGUGGCUCCCAAUGAGGUCUCGUUUACGGCGGCAGACUCUGCGUGGUCUGACAUUUACGGCUUCCGCACAGGCAAGUACAAGGGUACGGGAUCGUACCUGAAAGAUAAAGCGUGGUAUCCCCGACCCGUUAGUGGCGUACCGUCUUUGCUCAGCGCUGACGAGGAAGGCCACUCUCGCAUGCGUCGUAACCUCUCUCACUUGUUUAGUGAAAAGUCGCUUCGACAGCAGGAAUCUCUUCUCCAGGGCUACGUUGAUCUGCUUGUCCAGCGGAUGGGUGAGCAUGCUGCACGAGGUGAAAUCAUGGACGUUGUUCGCUGGUAUAAUUUCAUAACCUUUGACAUUAUCGCCGACCUCGCUUUUGGCGAAUCCCUCUACUGCCUGCGCGACUCGGAGAACCACGAAUGGGUCAGCCUCGUUUACAGCGCGGCGAGCGUGGCCACCAUAAUGUCAACCCGCCGCAAGUACGGCUUUAUAGCAUUCUAUGACUGGGCUCGCAACCUGUUCCAGGACACGAUGCAGAAUGAAAAGCGCCGCCGCGAAUUCAGUCUCAAAGCCUCAGCCAAAGUAUCGGAGCGCCUCGCACAGCUCGAAAACGGUGACGACAACAAACCGGAUUUCUUCGGCCAGCUCAUGCGCAACCGCGUCAGCGAAGAGAAGCGGCUGUCGCGCGCUGAAAUGGAUGCGAACGCUGUUACGUUUCUGACUGCCGGCAGCGAGACAACUGCUACAACACUAUCUGGAUUCACUUAUUUCGUCCUCCGCCGCCCAGAGAUUUAUGCCAAGAUGGUGCAAGAAAUCCGCUCCGCAUUUACCUCUCUCGCAGACAUUAAUGUGGAAAAAGCAACGCAGCUUCCGUACCUCACGGCUUGCAUCCAGGAAACGCUGCGCAUGUAUCCCCCCGUCCCCACUGGUUUCCCACGCGUUGUUCCACAAGGCGGAGCCAAUAUCUCGGGACACUACAUUUCAGGAGGUACUUCUGUCUAUGUUAGUCAAUAUGCCAUGCACCAUUCGUCGCGCCAUUUCAAAAACCCAGAUGAGUUUGUACCGGAACGAUGGCUCGAGGGCGCGAAUGGAGAGUAUAGCGGGGAUAAAAAGGAUGGAUUCAAUCCGUUUAGUUUUGGACCGAGGAACUGCAUUGGCAAGAAUCUCGCUUGGGCCGAACUUCGUCUUAUUAUUUCUUCCAUAUUUUUCGCGUUUGAUUUUGAGCUUGUGGACAAAGAGAUCGAUUGGAUGGCGAUGCAGGAGGUGUUUACGCUUUGGAAGAAGCCGGGGUUGACUGUUAGGCUGAAAGCUGUGUCGGAGUAG